GUUCUUUUCUCAUUCGAGUCUUUUCCUUUUCCUCUUCUUCUUCAAACAUUAACGCACGUCCAUGGAAGAAUCAAGAACUUCUCUCUAGAGAGAGGAACUAGAGAGAGAGAGAGAGAAAUACUGGGAGAAUCUUAAGGUCGCAUUCUGAGGUCUGAUUUGAUGGCGAGCGGGUGGGUCAAGUCCUUACAGUGCAAGUCGAGAGCCUUCGAAGACGUCUACCAGCCGCAUCCGAAAGCACUCCUCGCCGGAUCCUCCAGCUGCCGGAAAAGCGCUCAGACCCUCAAGGACGUCGUCGACGUCGCCACCCAGAAGGCCAGGAAAACCAAACCCCUUUCAGACCCGCUCCUCCAGCCGCCCAGACAGUCCUUGCCGGCUCUGAAGCGGUCGAAGACGGAACCGGCUCGGGUAAGCAAUGCCCGGCACAGCAGGACUCUCCAUGAGCCUGUCUUCCCGGCCCUGACGGAGCUGCCGGAGGGGCACCCGUCGCGGAACGUGGUGGAGAUCAUCUUCCACACGGGGUGGAGCCCCAAGGCAUUCUCCGGCCGGGUCGAGAUGAUCUUCAAGGUGCAGAACGGUCCGAGGGCCGUGGCCCACUUCGAGGAGUACCGCGAGGGGGUGAAGGCGCGCGCCGCCCGGGCCUCCCCGCGCAGCAGCCAACCCGGAGACGAGAACGCCCGUUGCGCGGCGGACGGGAACGAGGUUAUGCGGUUCCGCUGCAUGGGGGCGGCGGGCAGCGGGGAACACGACAGCCCCUGCGGCGCGUGGGCUCUCCAGUGCAAGGGAGGAAAGUCCAUCUGCACGUUCUCAGGCAGCGGCCGGGCCCACGAGAGCGCCGGCGGGGGGAGGGGCAGGAGGGCGAUGCUGGUUUGCCGGGUCAUCGCGGGUCGGGUCGGGUUCGACCAGCUCUUGGAGGACCGGGGCGGGUACGACUCGUUGAGUGGGGAGAACGGCGAGUUGGUCGUGUUCGAUUCCCGUGCGGUGUUGCCCUGCUUCCUCAUCAUCUAUAGAUUGUAAAAAGGAAAAACAUUGUGUCCAUUUUAUUUUUUAAUUUUCAUUCCUUUUGUCUUAUUGUUAUAUUUUUUUUAUAUUUACUUUUUAUUUUAAUCGUGGGUGAUGGUAAAUUGUUUAAUCCCUCUACAUGCACUCGUCAACCCAUUUUUUUGGUUGUUCUCAUCCUUUUUUUUUGUGGUUAUUAAUAUAAAAAGGGGAAAAUUGGGUUGAUAAAUGUUAAAUUUGUUUAAUCCCUCUUACCUUCUAUGACUUGCUUGGGCUAUUGAAUUUUGGCAUUAAUCUUGUUUUAUGGAUU